AUGUUGAUAAGUAGAGAGGUGGUCAACCCGGCGUAUGCAUUGUUCACACCUGUGGGGAAAAACAGAACCUUUCAGGUGAACUCUGCUUCAAAGCAUCAAUCGCAUCAUCUCGACUACUUUCGCUUUAUUGGGAGGGUGUGGGGGAAAGCCAUCUUUGACGGAUUUCUUGUGGAGUCAAAUUUCGCUUCAACCAUUUACAAAUACCUUUUGGAGCGUGAUAUAGGAUUUGAUGACAUGUCCCGUGUUGAUCCCGUGUAUCAUAGCUCAUUACAGUGGUUUCUCGACAACGAUAUCGAAGCUGCAGACCUGGACCUAUACUUCGUUAUUGAAGAAGAAGAAUUCGGAUCGAUAGUUCAGGUUCCGCUCAAAGAGAAUGGCGAAUCCAUCCGGGUCACAAACGACAACAAGCACGAGUACCUGGAGCUCCUUUGUGACCGGAGACUAGUCAAGAGCGUGCAGCCACAACUAGACUCGCUAAAAGCAGGAUUCUAUGACAUUAUGCCCCAAGAUGUGCUUCUCAAGUUUACGGAAGAUGAGCUCGAGCUGCUUCUGUGUGGAAUGCCUACGAUCGACAUAGCCGACUGGAAGGAGAAUUGCGAAUACAAGGCGGGCUACACAGCAGAUCAUGAAGUGAUGCUAUGGUUUUGGGAGCUCGUGGAGAGUUGGGAUGAGGAGAUGAGAGCGAAACUUCUGCAGUUCGUCACGGGGACAAGCAGAGUGCCAACCGGAGGCUUUAGCGGGACCUUACAAGGGCUCUAUGGAGCCACUGGACCGAAACGAUUUCAGAUCAUCCGUGUGUACGACACGACCCGCCUGCCUCAGGCAAACACAUGCUUCAACGAGUUACUCCUUCCCCCGUAUGAUAGCAAAGAAAGGCUGGCGAGCUGCCUGGCUAUCUCUCUUUACGACGGAGGGGAUGUCUUCGGGCUGAGGUUCGUUGGCUUUACUGUGACGACCAAAACCUUGGAAUGA